AUGACUGGCGAGUGCUUCAACUGUGGCGAGACUGGAUACAACAAGGCAGACUGCACCAACCCCAAAGUCGAACGUUCUUUCACUGGAACCUGCCGUACUUGCGGUGCUGAAGGACACCGCUCUUCUGGGUGUGCUGACGCCGUCUGCAAGAAGUGUUCUGGCAGUGGCCACACCGCCGCCGCUUGCACUGAGAAGUAUGAUGUCUACCCCAAGGAUCUUCCAUCCACCGAUGAUGCUGACAAGGCCUGGGAGAACCUGCUCGCCGCCGACGCCACUGGCGACGUUGACGACUUCUUUCAGGCCUUCUGGAUUUACUGCAAGGUUGCCCCUGAGCUUACUCUCGUCCAGCUCGAGGAGUGCUUCCGUGAGACUGAUUUCAAGUACUACCUCAUUGCCAAGGAGCAGACCGUGCCUUCCCCGUCCAUACCAAUGUCGACCUCCAGGGCAACGCCGACAAGAAGUUUCAAGUCUCCUUCCAGAAGACUUCCAAACCUCGUCGUGCCAUCCUGGCUGAGGGUUGGCCCAAGACUCCCGAAGAGAACCUCGAACGUCUACACGAUGCUGGCUUCUCCAGGGACAACCUGA